AUGAGUGCAUCAAGCUCUUCAAGUGUGGACGAAGUGUACCACAGGGCUGACCUGUGGAGCGACGCUGAAUGGGCCUUCCUACAAAGGCUCAGCGAGACCCCUGUGGUACCAACUAGGUUCGCCUGCAGGAAAGUUCUCUUUGAGAUGGGGAUCAGAGAUAGCCUCGACGAGUUCUCUGAAAAAUUGAACUUCAAAUCUCUUUCUUCAAUGGAGUACAACACUUACCCUUCCCUCACUAGGCAGUUCCUCGCGUCUACCUCCUAUCUAGUGAAGGAUUCUUCUGCUGGAUGGGGGAGAAUUUCGUUCAAGAUAGGGCAGAGUCACUACUCCUUGUCUUAUGCCAAGUUCCUCGCAGUAUACGGAAUAAUUGAUGACAUAUAUGGGACGACGCUGAUCUCAAAGGUCAGGAACCCGAUAGUCCGCUAUGCUCUGAGGCUCCUCAGCAAGUUCAUGUUUGUAAGGCUUCAGUCAUGCCUAGCCAAAGAAGAAGAGUUACGAAUGGUGUAUGGAGCCACCCAAAAAUGGCUAAACAACAGAUAUGGCAAGCCGCUGAACCGCCCCUGGAUGCGGCCAAAAGUAGGCUCCUGGUUACUCAACCAGAUUUUCAAAGCCAAGCACGACGCCGUUGCAAAUCCGGAUUAUCAGAUUUGUAUUGGCGGUUUGCCGACCCCCAUCUUUGCUGCCUGUGGGAUUGAUCUGAACCUACAUUGGUAUUUCCAACAUAUCUCCAAGAUGGACUUUGAUUAUCUGGUAACCACUCACACCUUAGCAGGAAGGUUGUACCCAAACACGUUAGUCUACCGUUAUAUGGAAGAUGAAGACACCCCAUUGUCGUGUUUCCUCCCCCAACUCAAGUACUCUACGGCUGAUUGUGUUAGAAACCUGCAGUUCUCGUUACCACGAGAUCAGGUGAUCAUUCUCCCUCCUCCUCAAAACAUUGUUCCUCAAUACAACUAA